AUGGUGAUAAAGUCCACUGUUGUGUGCCUUGUGGCACUGGCCUUGUUAGGCAGCUUAUGUCAUGCUCAAUGGGCUGUGGGUGGUUACAUGCCGACAGCACCAUACCAGAAGCCAGCACCGAGACAGGAGCCUGUCAAACAACAGCCUCAGACGCCCCAACAGAGUAAGCAGACAUUUGAAAGACCUCUCACCUGGGGAUACCCUGAAGACCCCACGCCUGACCCUGAAGUCGAGGUGCCGUUCGAGUUGAGAUUUCCUGUUGCUGCUGCAACUGUUGCUGUCAAGUGCAUAGAGAGUAUUGCUCACGUGGAAGCCAAGAAGGACUUGUUUGGGAUUGGCCAAUUUAUCAACCCUGCCGACAUUACCCUGGGAAACUGUGCCCCUGUCGCAGAGGACAAUGCUGCUCAAGUGUUGAUUUUUGAGACAGAACUGCAAAGUUGUCUUAGCACAUUAACCGUGACACAAGAUUACCUUAUCUACAGCUUCACUCUGAACUAUGAUCCCAAACCUCUGGCCGAUACUCUUGUGGUGAGGACCAGCAAAGCUGCAGUAAUUGUGGAAUGCCACUACCCAAGGAAGCACAAUGUGAGCAGCCUUCCUCUUGACCCCUUGUGGAUCCCAUUCUCUGCAGUUAAGGUGUCAGAGGAAUUCCUUUACUUCACCUUGAGACUCAUGACUAAUUUCGGGCAAAACGAAAGACCAAGCUACCAGUAUUACCUGGGCGACAUCAUAAAUGUAGAGGCUGUUGUCAAGCAGUUCUUCCACGUGCCCCUCCGUGUCUAUGUGGAGAGAUGCGUAGCCACCAUUGCACCUGACAUGAACUCAAUACCUAACUAUGUCUUCAUUGAAAACAAUGGCUCUACAUUACAUGCCACCUGAAAGCUACAUCCACUUUACGUCCCAUCAAUGCUGAACAUAGAGCUUGUUCCUACAUCAAUGGGUGGAAAGAGGCCAGCGGACAGGAUGCAGCUUGUGGCUCCUGUGAAUCUGGUGGAUUUGGAGGAACUGGUGGAAAUCAAGG